CGGGAAUCUUUCGGCGGCUUGCAGGAUCCUUCCCAGGCCCUGGGCACGGAACAUUACGAUGAUGGCCCACAGUGAUGAGGGGCAGGGGGCUGGCUCGGGGACCCACUGCGCGCCGCCCCGAUCUCUCGUCCUUCGCCCCUCCCUGUCGAUCUCUUCUGCUUCCCAAGAGUCCAGGGGCAAAUCGACUCGGAAGUAAGCCGAGGGGCUUACGCGCAAGUGCACGUGCGAUCCAAUUCAAUCAUUCUAUGACGUGAAUUGGAUCGCAGCCGUCUCGCGACUUCCUCUCCCGCUCGGUUUCUCCGGCAACUCAGCCGAGCAGAAGGGAGAGCGAAGCGGACGCGUCAGGGAAGGAAAGGGAAGGAACCAACGAAGGGCCAGCAGCGACCGAGUUGAGCCCAGCCGAGAUUCAACCUCACCGGGAAAGAGAGAGUGGGAUAGGAUUAAGUCCUCUCGCUUCCCGUCCUAGUUCUGGAGUCGCCGACCGGGACGCGCGUGGCUUGAAGGAGAAAGCGAAGACGCCAGGGCUAAGGAACUGGAUCCAGCUUGAUCCUGCAGAGGGCAAGCUGACCUGAACAGAUCAUGCAAAAGGAUCACUCUGAACUCCUUCCUACUCUGGCCCAGCAGCCUUUGCAGUGGCAUAGUGAACACAGAGAGGUCCGGGUGACUGUGCGGAGCUCAAGAAUCCAACCCAGUGGCUUUGCUCCUCCAGGGGCAUUGCUGAGGAAGACCUUGGUGGCUGUGGAUAUUGUAUGUUUACUUGUGGCCUUCAUCCCAUUCUUCAUCUGUGAAGUUGGCCUCAUUUCUCCAGUGCGCCGUGGCUUCUUCUGCAACGACAGUAGCAUCAGCUACCCCCUGCAUCAUCCCGAGACCAUCCCCGACACAGUGCUGAUUGCAGCAGGCACCCUCAUCCCCUUCUUAGCAAUCACUGUAUGUGAAAUCUUCCAUGUGCACUAUCUUCCUCGCAGUUCACACUCUGUAAUCUUCAAUCCUUAUGCGGCUGCCCUCUAUAAAGAAAUUGGGGCCUUCCUUUUCGGCUGCAGUGUUGGCCUGUCGCUCACUAACAUAGCAAAAGUUGCCGUGGGUCGCCUCCGUCCACAUUUUCUGGCUGUUUGUCGGCCUAAUUUCACUCACAUCAGCUGCUCUGCUGGAUACCUGGAGGACUAUCUUUGCACUGGUAGCCAGGCUAAGGAAAAAGAGGCCAGAAAAUCCUUUUACUCUGGCCAUGCCUCUUUUGCCAUGUAUACCAUGAUGUACUUGGUGUUCUACCUGCAGGCCCGGUUCACCUGGCAAGGUGCUCGACUGCUCCGCCCACUGGUCCAGUUUGUGUUACUGGUGUUGGCCAUGUACACAGGACUGACUCGCAUUUCAGACUAUCGGCACCAUCCAUCCGAUGUGGUUGUGGGAUUGCUCCAAGGAGCGCUUGUAGCCUACUGGGUGGCCUUCUAUGUUUCCAGCAUGUUUCACUGCAAGCAGCAGCGUCAUCCUGUGCCUUCGAGCCUCUUGGACAGUCCCAGCUCAGACCAUCACACUGAUUGCUAGGAAAGGCUCAAGGACAGGCAGAGACUAUCUCUGCUUUGUUCACUGCUGGGCCGUAACCAGUUGAGCCACUCGCUGGCCAUUCACUGCUGUAUGGACUGCAUAGGCACACUGGGACAGUCAUUGCCAGCCUGGGGCUCUUUGGAAGCUUUUGGUCAUUGCUGUACCAACAGCCACUGCUGCAUCAAUUGCUGGAAGCAUCAAAAGGAAAAGCAAGUGGUGCCCUCCUGGAGGUAGCUGAGGGCACCUCUACACAAGCACAAAAGAUCUCACCUUCUGCCAAGUGUUAUAUAGGACAGCCUGGUUUUCGUUGGGACAGGAAUAUAUUAGACCACUCCACACUUCUUCUUGAACUUCUCUCCCAUUGAAAAACACCAUGCCUACAUCACCACUGCCUGUUAAGCUUUCUUUCAGAACACAAAAAUCAACUUUUUUAAAAAAUGGUGUUAUUCAGGAAGAGUCGCCCUUCCUGUUCAUUGAUAUUGAGAUGAUCUCAUCCCUGAAGUAUUCAUGCACUCAGAUUGUGUUGCUUGGAGAAUGACAACCAAUGCCGCAACUAGGGUCUGUGUCACCUGGGGCAGACAUGGAUUCCACACCCAUUUUGGCGCCCCCCCAGUGCUCAUUUUGGCACCCCUCCCAGCGCGGUGCCCAGAGCACAUGCCCUGCUUUCCCCCAGACUAGUUGCAGCCCUGAUGACAACUGUGGAAUAUUUAGUGCCUGUUGUUCUAGUGAUGCAUUUCUGCUGCUUGAAAGGCAAUUGUGUGUCUUGCAGAAAUGUACACAUAGAAGGAAUUAAUCAUAAAUUCUGAAAGUAUAGAUGGGAAGAAAGUACCUAAACUAGUCAUUUCCAAACUGGCAUCUUCCAAUUCUGUUGGGAUAGCAUCUCCCAGCUUUGUGGCCAAAGCCUGGCUAGCUUAAAAAUUUAAGGAGUUAUAGAUCCAGCCUGAUGGGUGCUAGAUUGAAGGAAAGCGGUGUAAAAAACUCAUGAAAGACCUGAUUAGACCUUCCUAUCCUCUAAGCCUGACCUCUUCCUACCCCCUAUAAUGUGAAAGUUAUUUUCGUAAUAAAUGGUACUGACAAUCAUCUAAUUUAAUGGUUGAGACUAGAUAAAAGUUAGUUUGUAAACAUCAAAUAACCUGUGCCUGGA